CUUCUACAAAACCCUACUUCACUUCAACUUCUGUAUAAAUCGGCUGCUGCGCCAUUCGCCCUGCAAUUCUUCGAGUGCAGUGGCGAAAAAUCAUGGGUGCCUACACCUACGUUUCGGAGCUAUGGAAAAAGAAGCAAUCUGAUGUGAUGCGGUUCGUGCUUAGAGUUCGCUGCUGGGAGUACCGCCAGCUUCCUGCUGUGGUACGUGUCACCCACCCAACGCGGCCCGAUAAGGCCCGGCGUCUCGGCUACAAGGCCAAGCAGGGGUAUGUGAUCUAUCGCGUACGUGUUAGACGUGGUGGAAGGAAGAGACCUGUGCCCAAGGGUAUUGUGUAUGGUAAGCCAACAAACCAGGGUGUUACUCAACUCAAAUUUCAACGCAGCAAGAGAUCUGUCGCUGAAGAACGUGCUGGAAGGAAAUUGGGUGGUCUAAGGGUUCUCAACUCUUACUGGAUCAAUGAGGAUUCGACUUACAAAUACUUUGAGGUGAUCCUGAUUGACCCAGCCCACACCACCAUUCGCAAUGAUCCUAGGAUCAACUGGAUUUGCAACCCUGUUCAGAAGCACAGGGAGCUUCGGGGGCUUACAUCUGCUGGAAAGAAGUACAGAGGUCUGAGAGGAAGGGGCCAUCUGCACCACAAAGCACGUCCUUCCCGAAGGGCCACUUGGAAGAGGAACCAGACACUCUCCCUACGUCGUUAUCGUUAAUCUGGUUGACCUUUUCCUUCAUUUGUUUGCUUACUGACAUCUGGGAAGAGUUUUAUUUAUGUUUUGAUUGAACAUGUUACUUUUUGGGUUUUGGGAAUCAAAAUAUGCCCUUGAGAUUUUGUUAUAUUGUGUCAAAAGACUUGUUUUUGCAGCUUUUCCUUCUCUGCAGUGGCUGGAUUUGUUUUUGCAGCUUUUCCUUCUCUGCAGUGGCUGGAUUAUAAUUUUGUUUGUAUUUGUUUGCUGUUAAAAUUUUAAUUGUCCUACUGCUGUUACAUGAAUUCUGCUCUUUCGUUGAAACAACUGGAUGUGAAAUUAUGUGAAAUUGGGAUUAAUGUAUUU